AUGAAUCAUAACAACACUUCAAUCGACAAUGUCGACAAGGAGAAAGAUAGAAUCGGCGACAUGAACGCCUCGGACACCAGCAUACCUGUUGAGAAGGAGGCACCUCCAGGAGUCGUCGUGAAUACCGAACAACCUCCCGCAGAUGUCGUACCUGCAGCACAACCGCCACCAGCACCCAAUGGCGGCUAUGGCUGGGUUUGUGUCGUUUGCGUGGCUCUAAUCAAUGGUCAUACCUGGGGUUUGAAUUCUUCAUACGGUGUCUUCCUUGCAUACUAUCUGGCCAACGACGUUUUUCCUGGCGCAACUUAUCUGGAAUUCGCGUUCGUUGGAUCACUGUCGAUUGCAUGUGCAUUGCUUGUCUCACCAGUGGCUACCAUCUUCACGCGCAAAUUCGGAACCAAGACUACACUGUUCACCGGAGUGGCAUUUGAAACUGCAAGCCUGAUUGGUGCAAGCUUUGCGAAACAGAUAUGGCAACUUUUCCUGAGUCAGGGCGUUUGCUUCGGCUUCGGCAUGGGUUUCUUGUUUGUCGGAUCUGUAGGUAUUGUCCCCCAAUGGUUCACCACGAAAAGAAGUCUGGCAAAUGGCAUCGCUACGGCAGGCUCUGGUUUGGGCGGCUUGAUCUACUCACUGGCGACUGGUGCUAUGAUCCCGAGUAUCGGAUUGGCUUGGGCUUUUCGAGUUCUAGGCAUUGUAGCAUGUGUUGUCAACGGUGUAUGUGCUAUGCUGGUGAGAGACAGAAACAAGGCAAUUGGCAGUUCACAGUUGGCGUUCGACGUGCAGCUUUUCAAACGGACCGAGUAUUUGUUGUUGCUGGCAUACGUUGUCCUGCUGUUCAGUUUAGCAAACUUCGCUCGCAGUGUCGGCCUUACUGCCUCUCAAGCAUCAACUGUCUCAGCAAUCUUCAACCUCGGACAAGCCCUCGGUCGUCCACCAAUCGGAUACUUCAGUGACAAUAUUGGCCGCAUCAACAUGGCUACCCUCAUGACUUUUGUGUCUGGCCUCUUUGCCCUCGUGAUCUGGACAAACGCANAAAGUUUUGGUGUCCUCAUCUUCUAUGCUAUAUUCGGCGGCACAGUUGCAGGAACCUUCUGGACGACUAUUGCCCCUGUCACCGCCGAAGUUGUCGGCUUGCGCAAUGUUCCUGCUGCAUUGAACAUCUGUUGGCUGGUCCUCGUAAUUCCUUGUACUUUCUCCGAGCCUAUUGGACUUGAGAUUGUGUCUUUUGACGGUGGAUACCUUGGAGCGCAAUUGUUUACCGGGUUCAUGUAUGUGUCUGCAGGUGUGUGUGCCCUUUUCCUAAGAAGUUGGAAGAUUGCCGAAGUGGACGAAAUUGAGGGCCUGCAGGAUGUUGGUAAUGUGGAUGCUGUGGCUAUCGAAACAAAAGUCGCGGAAAGCGUCAAAGAAGUUGCAAGAAAGACGGCGAGGAAACGGCUGCUCGGUUGUAUCUUCAGAUGGAAGAAGGUGUGA